GCAAUAAAAAGGAUAAAGGAAGGACGCUCAGACAGACUCACUGACGAAGAGAGGUGUUAAGAGGAAGAGGCAGAGACAGACUAGCGCAGUGCAGCCAUGCCCGAAGCUAAGAAGCCAGCUGCCAAGAAAGACAAGACUGCAGCGCCACCUGCUGCACCGAAACCAGAAGAAAAGCCAGCAGAGGAAGAGGAAAUUAAACUGGAACCUAAAGAAUUGCCUGCAGAUGGGGGUACAACAGGGAAAACAGAGCUGUCUGGACUCUUCAUUGAGAGGCCGGAGAAUGCCACUGCCACCAAAGGGAAGGACAUUAUUUUCAUAGCGAAGGUUGAUGGCUCCAACCUGCCGAGGAAGCCAACCCUGAAAUGGCUGAAGGGGAAGUGGAUGGACCUGGGCAGCAAGGCGGGCAAGCACCUGCAGUUCAAGGAGACCUAUGACAGGAACACCAAGGUGUACACUUAUGAAAUGAAGAUCGUCAAGGUGGUGGACGGUGACGCGGGGGGUUACAGAUGUGAGGUCACUGUUAAAGACAAGUGUGACAGCUGCGUAUUCGAGGUGUCCGUGGAAGCUGCCCAAGAGGAGCAACAAGCAAACAUUCUGGAGGCAUUCAAAAGAUCAGGGGAUGCAGGGGAAGAUGCAGGGGAGCUGGACUUCAGCGCUUUACUGAAGAAAAGGGAGGUUAAAAAGGAGGAACCAACGGAGGAGGUGGAUGUAUGGGAAAUCCUGAAGGCAGCAAAGCCCUGUGACUAUGAGAAGAUUGCCUUUCAGUACGGCAUCACUGACCUGAGAGGCAUGCUGAAGCGUCUGAAGAAGAUGAAGAAGGUGGAGCCCAAGAAGUGUGAUGCUUUCCUGAAGAAACUGGACUCGGCCUAUUCUGUGGACAAGGGCAAGAGGAUCCAGCUGUUGGUGGAAGUGGCCGACCCCAAUGCUCAAGUCAAAUGGCUGAAGAAUGGUCAGGAGAUCAAACCCUCUGCUAAGUAUGUGUUUGAGAGUGUGGGGAACAAGAGGACCCUCACCAUCAACAAGUCCAGCCUGUCGGAUGACGCAGCCUAUGAGUGUGUGGUCGGAGAGGACAAAAGCUUCACCGAGGUCUUCGUCAAAGAGCCCCCUGUCACCAUCACUAAGCUCCUGGAUGACGUCCAUGUGUUGGUGGGAGAAAAGGUGGAGUUUGAGGUGGAGGUGUCAGAGGAGGGCGCCAAUGUCAUAUGGAUGAAGGAUGGAGUAGAGCUGUCAAGAGAUGGGAAGUACCGCUUCAAGAAGGAUGGGAAGAAGCACUGGUUGAUCAUUAACGAGGCAACCAAGGAAGACAUAGGAAUGUACUAUGUCUACACCAAUGGGGGGGAGUCCAAAGCUGAACUGGAAGUGGAAGACAAGGAACUGGAGGUGCUGCAGAGUAUUGCAGACCUCACAGUGAAGGCACAGGAGCAGGCCGUGUUCAAGUGUGAGGUGUCUGAUGAUAAAGUGACAGGAAAGUGGUUAAAGGAUGGAGUGGAGGUCAAAGCCAGUAACCGCAUAAAAAUGACACAUGUUGGAAGGAUCCACAAGCUGACCAUAGAUGACGUGAAGCCAGAGGACGCAGGAGACUACACUUUCAUCCCAGACGGAUACGCCCUCACACUCUCUGCCAAGCUCAACUUCCUGGAAAUCAAGAUUGACUAUGUACCUCGCCAAGACCCUCCCAAGAUUCACCUGGACGCCAGCGGUGGCGUGGGUUCCCAAAACACCAUCAUCGUCGUCGCUGGCAACAAGCUCCGUCUGGAUGUGGAGAUCACUGGAGAGCCCGCCCCCACUGUCUGCUGGAUGAAAGGAGACAAUCCAAUCACGGAGACAGAAGGGCGGGUGAGAGUGGAGAGCAGGAAGAACCUGAGCAGCUUUGUGAUCGAGGGGGCGGAGAGGGACGAUGAGGGGAAGUACACCAUCACUGUCACAAACCCGGCUGGAGAGGACAAAGCCAUGAUCACCGUCAGGAUUGUGGAUGUGCCUGACCCCCCCGAGGGAGUCAAGUGUGUCACAGUUGGAGAGGACUAUGCCACUGUGACCUGGGAACCCCCCAAAUUUGAUGGGGGAGCUCCACUCAAAGGCUAUUUGAUGGAGAGGAGGAAGCAGGGGUCCUCCAGAUGGACCAAGCUGAACUUUGACAUCUACGAGUCGACAACCUACGAAGCCAAGAAGAUGAUCGAGGGGGUGCUGUACGAGAUGAGGGUGUUCGCUGUCAAUGGCAUCGGCGUCUCCCAGCCCAGCGCCAACUCCAAGCCCUUCAUGCCUAUUGCCCCCACCAGCGAGCCCACUCGCCUCACUGUGGAUGAUGUCACAGACAGCACCUGUGUCUUGAAGUGGCGGCCCCCAGAGAAAAUAGGAGCAGGGGGCAUCGAUGGCUACAUCAUUGAGUACUGCAAGGAGGGAGACACAGAGUGGGUGCAGGCCAAUAAGGAGCCCGUGGAGAAGAACAGCUACGUGGUUAGGGGGCUGCCUACCGGGGAGAAGAUGUGUUUCCGAGUGGUGGCCGUCAACAUCGCCGGCCGCAGCGGGCCCGCCCUGAUGAAUCAGUCUGUCACCAUCCGCGAGAUCAUGGAGCAUCCCAAGAUCCGUCUCCCACGUCAGCUGAGAACCAAGUACAUCAAGAAAGUGGGCGAGAAAGUCAACCUGGUCAUUCCCUUCCAGGGGAAGCCUCGCCCUGUUGUGAAUUGGUACAAAGAUGGACAGCUCCUCGACACCAAGAAAGUGGGGGUGCGCACCAGUGACAUCGACACCAUCCUCUUCAUCCGCUCUGCUGAGAGAGAACACUCUGGGACGUACACGCUCUCCGUGCAGAUUGAAAACAUGGAGGACAAGGCCAACAUUGACAUCCAGAUUGUGGAGAAGCCAGGUCCUCCCCGGGAAGUGACCAUCACUGAUGUCUGGGGCUUCAAUGCAGCACUUGAAUGGAAGCCCCCUAAAGACAACGGUAAUGCGGAAAUCACGGGUUACACCAUACAGAAGGCGGACAAGAAGACUAAUGAGUGGUUCACCGUCUAUGAACACAACAGACGGCCAAGCUGCACCGUGUCUGACCUGGUCAUGGGGAAUGAGUAUACGUUCCGCGUCUUCAGCGAGAACAUCUGUGGGAUGAGCGAUGAAGUCGGAAUAAGCAAGAACACUGCUCACAUAGCCAAGACAGGUCUGGUGCAUAAAAUUACACCCUAUAAAGAAAAGGACAUGUGCAGUUCCCCCAAGUUUACACAGCCCCUAGUCGACAGGACUGUGAUUGCAGGUUACACCACUGCCAUCAGCUGCUCUGUGCGUGGCUUCCCCAAGCCCAAGAUCAUCUGGAUGAAGAAUAAAAUGAUCAUUGGGGAGGACCCCAAGUUCCUUAUGCAGAACAACCAGGGGGUGCUGACCCUCAACAUCCGCAAGCCCAGCCUGUUCGACGGAGGAAAGUACACCUGCAAGGCCGUCAAUGACCUGGGGGAGGACGAGGUGGAGUGCAAACUGGAAGUCCGAGUCCUCCCAAUAGGAGAGAAAGAGGAAGGAAAGAAGUAAGAGUGAUGAGCCUGGCCCAAUGCAAGCAAAGCAA